GUUUUUCUCGACGCUAUACAUGACUAUCGAGCUACACCUAGCGUGUCUACUGUAUACAACACCAUAGAUUAAUACUCAAGAUGUCAGUUCCAUUCGGCAUUAUCAUCUCUGGUCGACCGGUCGAUGUUUCACCACAAGCGAUUACGGAAGCCCAAUAUGCCUUCCGGAUACCGCCUGCACCAGCAUUCAGCCAUAUCGUGGUCUUCCUUUUACCAGGGAUAACUCUUCCUUCCGGGACGGCAGCCUCUGUAUAUGUGCAAAUACCGCCCUCACAAGAGUUCAAGCUAUUGGGAGCUAUCGGACCCGGCAAAGAAAGCGCAAUCUUCAAAAUUUCCGGUCUGAAAUCUGCUACCAACGUCAACCAAAAUGCUAUGCUGGAUGAUCCUACGGCGCAAACCGGAGCUGUACCUCAAGGCGAUGUAGUGAUCGGCGUGUCGAUUGAGCCAGAAGCACAAGUAGCAGCUCAGCUUGCUACUCUGCAAAGCGGCGGUCACUCCAACAAUGCUCAACUGUCCUCAGCGCUGGUCAAGCUAGGGAGCAGUCCAGAAGGGAAGGCCACCACGAAAGUUCUUGCACAGAGAAUUAUUGGCAAUGCUUUCAAUUUCCUCGCGAGCUUCGGCAGUGAUACUGUACCUCUAAAGGCUUUCCAAGACUGGUGGCAGAAAUUCGAAAAGAAAAUCGACCUGGACCCAUCGUUCCUGGAACGGGAAGGCGCGGAGUGACGCGACUAGGCUGUUGUUCAUGAUGGAUCAGCAAUGCUUUGAGAAGCUACUACCAUAUAUUUAUGAGCGAAAAGCGUCAUCGCUAGCCUGACUUUGAAGCAAGAGGCAUGCCCUCUUUCCAGGGCAUAGCUGAGCAGCAUGAUCUAGCGAACAUACUAGCAGGACCACAGGACUCUCGCGACAGUCCGCACGGCAUCCCGAAACUCACACAACAAGCAAAACAACCAAUUCUUCCUUGCCAAUUAGAUCUGACUGUCGUGUGGGGGAAAUAUCCUUCGCCAUUUUGAUGAGAACGC